AUGAUCAAAUACUACUGUCGAUUUCUGCCACGGUGUGCCGACUUGCUCAGUCAACUGACCGACCUACUUCGUGGACGCAAGGACGGCAACGUCGAGUUGACGCCCGCUGCAACCAAAGCUUUCAAGGCCUGCAAAGAGGCCUUGGCUGAAGCCGUUAUGCUUCACAAUUUCGACCCCAAAGCUCCACUCAGCGUUGCGGUCGAUGCAUUGGACACCGCCAUUGGCGCCGUCCUGCAGCAAUUCACUGAAGGAUGCUGGAAACCACUCGCUCUCUAUUCCUGA